CCGGCCAAACAAACCAAAGCAUGAUGAAAAUAAAAUUCUUUCCUUUUUCCGCCACCAUCUAAUCGAACAACACCAAAACGUUCGGGGAAGCAUUUAAGUUUUGAGGAAAAUACACGCUCGCUGCUCGUAAUUCGGUCGGGUAUCAUCUUCAGCCAUGGCACCAUCGCGCAAGAACAAAGUAGUAAAGGAAGAGGUGCAGGUUUCGCUUGGACCACAGAUCCGCGACGGUGAGAUCGUGUUCGGCGUGGCACACAUCUACGCCAGCUUCAACGACACCUUCGUGCAUGUGACGGAUCUGUCCGGGAAGGAAACCAUCUCCCGGGUGACCGGUGGCAUGAAGGUAAAGGCGGAUCGUGACGAAGCUUCACCGUACGCCGCUAUGUUGGCCGCCCAGGAUGUGGCCGAAAAGUGCAAAUCGCUCGGCAUUACGGCGCUGCACAUCAAGCUCCGUGCGACCGGUGGUAACCGUACGAAGACACCCGGACCGGGUGCCCAGUCGGCCCUGCGCGCGCUGGCCCGUUCGUCGAUGAAGAUCGGUCGCAUCGAGGAUGUGACGCCGAUUCCUUCCGAUUCUACCCGCCGCAAGGGUGGUCGUCGUGGUCGUCGUUUGUAAGAAGUCGCAUCCUUUUUGCACUGUGUGGUGGUUAUUCGCUGGUCCGUCGGAUCCCCUGAUGAACGGUUGGCUGUACUGCGUUAAAGCAAAAGCAUAAUAAACGGCAAAUCAACCACAUACACAAA